CCACCCACGACCUGGCAACUUAGGGGCUUGGCGCGGAACAGACGUUCCCAGCUACCCAAUGGCAGCAGCAACAUGGCACACCCUGCAGUAAGAGGCAAGGCCACACCAUUAAGAGCAACAACAGUCAUGGCCUUCAUGCUGCUGAUCCUUGUGACUGUGACAGCCUCCAGUGAGACAAACUCCAACCCCAGUGAUGUCCUACGACACCUGGUUAAGGGAACCUAUCUCCUCUAUACGAAUGGGGUACAGUCUAGUGUUUAGCAUAAUACUGUCUUCAUCACCUUAACAUUACUAAAGCAUCCAUCAGCAAAAUAGCACUUCAGUGUUCCACAGCAUAUAAUUUCAGUGUUCUAUAGAGGAGUAAGUUCAACUGUUUGAAGUUAGGGAAGCUAGGGUGUAUCUCCAAAGCACUAAUGAAAGUUAGGAGGGUGCUAUACAUUAAGGUAAAGAAUGAUAAUGGCUUGUUCACCAUAAAAGUCAUGAAAAGUGUGACAAAGCUGUUGAGAAAUCCCUAAUAAGGUGGAUUUGGAAGCACAUGAUGCUCUAUUAAAAAUUCUAAGGAAUAUAAUUACAUAAGGGGUAUAAAGCACAAGUAAAUUUAAUGAAAAUUUAGUCUUAACCAAAUGAAAAAAAAAACUCCAAGGAUUCAAGAUCUCAAGCAAAGACGAAGCGAGAGGGACCUGCCAGUGUGCGCCUCGGAGGCAGAGGCAUGCAAUCUGGCACACCGUCGCUACUGGCUCAUACCAAUCACAGAGCGGCUGUGUCGGUGCAAAGACCGCUCAGAAUGUCCACUACACUUCACAAAUCUUCAAGACCCCCUGGCUCAACAUGUCACUAACAGAGGCCAACUAAAGUUCUGUAGUUCAUCCAUAGAAAAAUUGUCCCAGUGCAAGGAAGGGGAAGUGGCACUAAGGAUGCAACUUGUUAGAAGACUAAACGCACCACCAUAUUCCAGCAGCACUCCCUCUGAGAUCAUUGAUCCACACACCACCCUCCUGUGCCGCUGUCCAUGGCCUUAUGCUUGGAGCCUUACCAAUGCCACCGCCAGUGCUACUAGCAGUGAACACACCUAUCUCUACACGUGUCAUGAGCUCCCAAUGUGUAGAAGAGGUGAUAAGUGUGGCUACAUCAGGGAAGAUACUCUGGAGACCUACUACACCUGCUCUUGUCCUGAGCAACAGCUAUGUAUGUUCAGAGGACCCCAGUCUACUGUUACCACCUCCCAACUUCAUUACUAUGGAAAAGCCUACAUUGGCCGCUGCACACCUCGCUAAUGUGUCCUCAUUUUUCUUUCAGCAGUAAAAAAAAUAUUAAAAAAAAAAAAAAAAAACAUCUCAUGACAAAAGAAAACAGAAUAGGUACACCAUACACCACAUUGCUUAAGGUAGAUUCACACCAGCUGCAAUGCUACACUAGAUAUGGAAUACCAUAGGCCAACGCUGGCAAUGCUUGCAACAUUGAGUAUUCACACUGUGAGUGGUGAUAUGCUAUGCUAUGCACCUUCUCUUUCAAGGAGAGGAGUGCAAUGAUAUGUGACAGUUUGCCCUUGUUGCCCAGGGUGACUCAUAAGUUACUCUGGAUGCACAGGCAUCAGCCAAACUGUUUGAAAAAAUCACUAGGCCAUCAACAGGCAAGAUACAUGAGCAAUAAUCACACACACCCUUAUCUGGAAAGCACUAUAGUAAUUGGAAGACUUGUGGUUUUGCAUCAUGUGCACUCCAUAUUGAGUACAGCAUCACAGCCAAUGUGAACCCGCCUUUGUACUAUAAUUCACACGGAACCUUAAUGUGUUCAACUGUUCAUGCUACUGGAUUUCUUUUUUUACUCUGAAAAGAUACAAACUUUGUGGAAAUAAAUACUUCAAAAGGCAAAUUAAUGUAUAUCUACAAUCUCACUUAUAAAAAAUGUUGUCCCACAGACCAGCUGGUGAAUGAGCUUUGUUAAUCAAGCUUGUGGAAGGCAGUGCUUCUCACCACUAAUGUUUGCUUAUGAUCAAAUGAUUGAAUGAUUUUAGUUUGAUGGACAUUCUUUAUACUUUAAAAACCUUUGUCUUCUCUCAUAGUUUUCAAAAUCUAAAUCAAUCAAACAAAAUGGAAAUGGAUGAAAAUAAUGUAGUCAUCACAAAAGGAAGUACUUCAGUGCCUCUCAAAAAGGAUUACCAAAACUUCUUACAUUAUAGGAGGAAAUGCAUCAACAUAAAUUAAAUAAGAAUCAGCACUAUGUAGUAGCUUUUUUGUUUGUUUUUUUCCCUAUAUUUUCACAAUAAACCAUUCCCUCAAAAAGAAA